AUAUAUAUGUAGCUCGUAAGUGUUGAGCGUUAAACUGACAGAAUUGAACACACCAUGCUCUGGCGCUGCAGCGUGCUGGCGAUCGCCGCCUGCUUCUCUGUUAACAUCGUCUCAUCUAGUGAGUUUAAAUGUGAUGUGCGCAUGCGCAUUGAAUCUGGAUGGGUUUGCGGUCUGCGUAGACGUGGAGAAUACAACACUGAGUACGCUAGCUUCAGGGGCAUUCCGUAUGGCCAGCAACCAUUGGGGGAGCUGCGGUUUAAGGAGCUCCUGCCAGUGAGACCGUGGCCUCAUCAUUUAGAUGCCACAGAGGAAGGUCCCAUAUGUCCUCAGCAUGACGAGCUGUACGGACGCAUGGUGGCCCCCACAAAGGGUAUGAGUGAAUCGUGUAUCUACGUCAACGUCCAUGUACCCUUGGAAGCUCUUCCAGUUGUGAAAAGUACUGACGAGUACAAAUACAAAGACUGUGACAAUCAUGGGGAAAAGAAAGGUGUUCCUAUUUUAGUUUUCAUUCAUGGUGGAGGUUUCCAAUCAGGAUCAGGAGACGCUGACCUUCACGGACCAGAGUACCUCGUCAGCAAGGGGAUAAUUGUGAUCACUUUCAAUUAUAGGAUCAACGUGUUUGGCUUUCUUUCGCUUAAUACUCCCAAGAUCCCUGGCAAUAUGGGUCUCAGAGACCAGGUGACGCUGCUGCGUUGGGUUCAGCGAAAUGCGAGAGCUUUUGGCGGAGACCCGAGCGAUGUAACACUAGCAGGGCAGAGCGCCGGAGCAACAUGCGCACAUUUACUGUCUCUUUCGAACGUCACAAAAGGACUUUUCAAAAGGGUUCUAUUAAUGAGUGGUUCGGCCAUACCAGCGUAUUAUACAGUUUCACCGAUUUACGCAAAACAGUCGGCUACUAGAUUUCUGACAAUUUUAGGGAUCAACUCCUCGGAUCCGGAUUUCAUUCAUGACAGACUUGUGAAAACUCCACUCGAGGAUAUUUUAAAUGCUAACUCCGUGUACCAGUACGAGGGGGGGAUAGUUUCCUUUGUACCAGUGAGGGAAGACAAACAAUUGGAACUUGAGAGAAUUGUAGAUGAUGACCCAAUUACACUUAUGGAGCAAGGUCGAGGAAAAGAAUAUCCAAUGAUAGUCGGUUUCAGUAGCAACGAGUGCGAGUUUUUCAAGAGAAGAUUGUUAUACAUUGAUAUUUUGGGUCGGAUCAAAGCGAAUCCACUCGUGAUUUUAAGGCCUGAAAUUUCAUUUACAACCCUUCCUAAUGUAGCCCUCUCAUUGGCCAACAAAGUAAUUGAUUGGUACUUCCAAGGAAAACUAAAUAUGGAGGACUAUUUAGAAGUAUGCAGAGAUACAUUGUUUAUGUAUCCAGCAUUUAAAGUAGUUGAGUGGAGGGCUAGAAUGCACGAUGCCGCACCAAUCUACUUGUAUCAGUUCGCUUACGAAGCAGACUUCAGCGCGGUGAAAGUAGGUCUCAAUCUGCAGUACAAUGGCACAGCUCAUUGUGAGGACCUCACUAACAUUUUUCGCGAGAAUGCAAUUCUCGACGACGGGCAGACUUUCCCUCCCGUCAGUAGAGAUGACUCCAUGAAGGAUUGGAUGACUCAAUUUGUGAUUGACUUCAUGCAUUGCAAUAAGCCAUCCUGCUUCGAGCCGGGCUGGUAUCCAGUGCAGGCAGAUCACUUGAACUAUGAGAACAUCCAGGAACCGACAGUACACGACAACGUACUGCCGAACGAGUAUCAACAACACACAAUCAAGUUCUUCGAUAUGAUCGAACAAAUUGCAAGGAACUCCUCUUUGGAUACACCCAUAACGACAACAUGAUAGAUGACAAAAGCAACACGGGAAGCUACACCUGAUACGAUCAGGUUGAACAAGAUUAAGGAUGCACAUGCAUUGUUAUUGAAGUCUAUCGUCAUAUUAUUACGGGAAGAACUAAUGUAGAUUGUAGACUAGAACACUUCAAAAAUAAUUUAUCUCUCAAUCAUCCUUUUUAUGAGUUACAAGUGUUUAAGUAUUAUGUAUUUAUUUGUUACUUGUAGCUAUAAAUCCGUCUGAAAUGCACGCGAUUUUAAUGACGAGUUUAAUUAAGACAAUUAUGGCAAUAUUAUUGCCUCGUUCACUGCACGAUAGAUACAUUAUUCCCACUGCAUGUUUAAAUCGUGCUAAAAAAUUUGCGUAACAGCUAAAUAGCCUAACUUCUGUACUGGGGCUACUCGCUCAUGCAAAUUAUUGGUACUUUUUUAAGUAUGAAUGGAAACUUCGGGAGUUGUGGUGCUUGUGUAACUGGUCGCAUAAUAACGAUAGUACACGAAGACUACAACGGAAAUAUUGUACAAUUUAUUGCGUAGGGAUUUACAACAAAAACACACAUGGAACUGUGAGAAAGACAUUUGAGAUAAUUAAUAGGUCACCUGGAGGUGAUGUGAUAAUCUGUGUGGUAUUCGAUUGACAAUUAGUUUCUAAGAAGAAAGCUUAUAGAGUCCGAUUCCCAUCAGCCGACACAUCCAGUUUACUAGUUUUAAUAAUUAUCUUUCUUAAGUCGUAAGAUUAAAGAUAAUUCUCAGGACUUGGGUCUUUUAGGAACUCGCCAAGUCCAGCCAUUUCAGUUUACUUAAGUAUUAUUACCGAUAAACAAAUAAGUAACAACAAGUUGUUUGACAUUUAGGUUUCCACUCCAUGAUACAGCAGUUUCAUGUUACGAUAACGCACGUUGUUAUUCACGAAAACGUGUUUAGGUAAUUUGACGCAAAAAUUAUGACGUCAUAGUCUAUGUGUCCUGUGUACCCACGUGCUUUGUACCAAAAUGCACCAAAUAAGUAUUAACAAAUAUUCUUAUUGCUGCCUUACCGAACUCUUUAAAUGCUAUUGAAGAAGCGCUGCUCAAUUUACCUGUAACAAAAACAUUGCACAAUUAUUUCGAGUCUUCCCAUUAGGAGGAUUAAGGAUUUCAGAUUUUGGAAAUGUUUUGGUAAUUGCUAUUAUACAAGAGUACGGUAAUAGUUACAACUAAAUAUCACUUUUCCUUAUACUUGUUUGAAAGUCGUCUUCAGUCAAAAUCCUGGGCGCCAUGAGUAUCAAUAACAUAAUAUAUGUACCUAGGUGAUACAGUAUAAAAUAAAUAGCAGAGCUUUUGUUAUCAUAGCUUUGAGGGUCUGAUAACGAUUGGUAUUACUGAACUCUGAUAAGUAGCCUAAUCUUAGUACAGCCGCUAACAAAAUAUGACCCAAAAUAGUUUGAAGCUUGAUUCCUACCAACUAUUUAUUA